GUUUAAAUGGCGUGGCAUGCGUUAGUAUCGUAGAAGAUUAAAACAAAAGUUAAUGUGUGCGUGUGUGUGUGUUAAAUUCGGUGAAUUUUUCAAUUAAAAUGAUCGAGGAACACGACGAACGUGAAACGAUAUGCGAUUCCGUGAAUUCGCUUGUGGAAGGCUGUCGUUUGCCAGUCAAAAUGCAUGGAACGGACGAUUGGCGUGACCCUAGCUGAAAUCAUCAGUGUUAAGGAAGUACAUGGUGUCAAGUGUUAUUAUGUGCAUUACGUUGAUUUUAAUAAACGAUUAGAUGAAUGGGUAACUGAAGAUUGUUUGGAUACUAGAAAAGUUCAAUAUCCUCGACGAGAUGGCACAGCUCCUGGAACAGGAGCAGCUACUCCGAAAAAACAAGUACAAAGUAGACCCCCUAGUCCUAGUAGUGUCAGCAGUGAACCAUUGAAUGGUACUGCCGUUCUACAAGCAGCAUUACAGAAGAAAAUGUCUAGAAAGAGAAAGUCAACAUUUUUAGAGAACGAAGAUUCUCAAGAUGGACCACCUCAAACUACAGGUCCAAGACCUACUGGUUCAUUGGUUUCUCAUCAACACGAUGAUGUUGUCACACGGAUGAAAAAUGUAGAACUUAUAGAAUUAGGUCGUCAUAGGAUAAAGCCAUGGUAUUUCAGUCCAUAUCCACAAGAGAUGGUGAAUCUUCCAUGUAUAUAUAUAUGUGAAUUCUGCUUGAAAUAUAGAAAAAGUAGAAAGUGCUUGGAGAGGCAUCUGGCAAAGUGUAAUUUAUGUCAUCCUCCAGGAAAUGAGAUAUAUCGAAAAGGAUCUAUUUCAUUUUUCGAAAUUGAUGGUAGGAAGAACAAAAAUUACGCACAAAAUUUAUGUUUAUUAGCAAAAUUAUUUCUCGAUCAUAAGACAUUGUAUUACGACACUGACCCUUUUCUAUUCUACGUUAUGACUGACUUUGAUAGCAGAGGUUUUCAUAUUGUUGGAUAUUUUUCCAAAGAGAAAGAAUCAACAGAGGAUCAUAAUGUUGCUUGUAUUCUUACUCUACCACCUUACCAAAGAAAAGGUUAUGGAAAAUUAUUAAUAGAAUUUUCCUAUGAACUCUCGAAAUUCGAGGGUAAAACUGGAUCUCCAGAAAAGCCAUUGUCAGAUUUAGGCCUAUUAUCUUAUCGAAGUUAUUGGGCUCAUACGAUAUUGGAUAUAUUAUUGAACAUUAAACCCGUAGUCGAAAAUGAAAAGCCACAAAUAACUAUAAGUGAAAUUUGUGAAUUGACAUCUAUUAAAAAGGAAGAUGUGAUAUCGACAUUACAAAAUUUGAAUCUAAUUAAUUACUACAAAGGACAAUAUAUUGUAACAUUAAAUAGAGAAAUAAUCGAACAACAUUCAGCAUCGAUGGAAAAACGCCAAGUCAAGAUAGAUCCAAAGUGUCUUCAUUGGACACCAAAAGAUUGGAGUGUUAGGGCUAAAUGGUGAAAUGAUUUUAAAAAUGAUCAUAACCCAACGUUAAUUUGUAUUAGAAUUAUUUUCAGGUAUUCUGGAAGUGACAGUGUAUAAUUUUAAACUCUACAAAAUUGUACAUAAUAAUACGAUCUUAUGGUCUGAUAUUUUAAAGACUGUUAAUAGUCCGUGACAUGAACCAUAGUGGUUUAAUUAUUCAAUGAAUCAAGUAGAUUGUACUAUUUGUGAGAUUAAUAACAUUAAUGAAUGUAAUUAAUGAGUUAUAUGUAAAACAAUGUUCGUUUUACCUAGUAAAUAGCAAUCUUUUAAUAUGGCAAAACUUUUUUAACAAAAUUCUAUCUAUACAACUUUGUGGUUGUUUGUACAGAGAUUUCGAUGAUACAUUGAUUUUGUAGAAUUGCAAAUAAAUAUGAUUUUGUAACAUUUGCAUA